GUCAUAUAUCUAUAAUACACUGGAGAGACUCUAAGAUAUUAUUCCGUUAACGGCUUGCGUUUCCUUAUCGGCGGUCCAGGAGAGAUCCGAAAGCCGUUGCUGACAUAUAUUUCCUUUUUGGGAAUGUACCUAGUUUUCGUCUUCUCAACCUCGAACAUCUACAAAAAUGGCUUCUGGCCCUCCUCCUGCAAAUCCAGAUAGCCUCAAGGAUGUUGCAAUCGACAACAAAUCUACAGAAUUACCAUCAGUUCAGCAUCAGACAACCCAAUUAGAAGAUGCCCUAACAUCCCACGUUACUCCACAUACAACUCCUGGAAGCGUUACGAAGCAAGGUCCCACCAUUGAAGAUCUUCCAAAUGAACUUCUAGUCAAUAUCUUCAGUCAUCUGGAUAUCGAACCUCCGUCAUAUUCCCAUACGACACUUCAUGAUGAGCCAACCUUGGAAGUUACAAGCUCCGAGAUCCAAGACCUCAAGAAUUGUUCUCUAAUUUCGAAGCGAUGGAGACAAGCAACCUUGCGUUUGCUAUUCAAACAUACACGAUAUAUCUUGAAAUAUUCAGAAGAUGACUAUAGACCAAUCCUCAAUGAUUUAACAGGACCGUUCCGUCAAUUUAUUCGUAAAGAAUCUUUUGCCGACAUCGUGUCAAGCUUCGCCUUGGUAGUUCGGGAGAAAACGAUAUCAAAUUGUCAUGAUGGCCGACCUCGACUAUGUGAAUUUGACGGUUUUUGGAAACGACUCUUUAACACGAUUGAUCCGUCAACCGUGUUGAUUGCUGCGCCUGUUGAGGCUCUUGCUUCUUUGACUUCAGCUACUAUUAAUGAUGUGGAUUCGUGGGUUUUUGACGUUGAUUGUCACUAUUUGCGAUUGCAAAGACCCGCAUCCAAAGAAAUAAGUCUUACGGAAAUUGAUGUUUUGCCUGAAGAAAGUGGUUCCACCAGUCCAGAUCCUUCAAUUCCUGGGACAUCACAAAACCCAGAUUCUACUUUUGACGAUCGGUUGCAUUAUGUUUGUCCUUUGGGUCGUGUUUGUGCCAAGUCCUCUGAAUUCUUUCAAAUUAGACCUUGGACAUCCUUAAUCCUAAAUGAAGGAUCAAAUUUAAAGGCUUUCAAGACAGAUUUGUGGUGGGAAUUGGAGACUCCAUCUAUACUGCGAAAUCUUGUCGGAACUCAAUCAGGUACUCUACCUUUGAUUAAUCCUGGCAUUCGUUCCAUGAGAUAUAUUGCUAUAUUUCCAAUAACGGCUCAAUUCGAAUAUCUCGCCCAAGGAUUACCAAGACUGGAUCAUUUGUAUUGUCAACUGGUACCGCGAAAUGAUGCUCUAGAAGAUGAAGAACUAAUGAAGAAGAUUGAUGUGGAUGAUCUUUGGAUGGAGAGAAAUAAUUGUUACGCUCAAUUGAUGCGAGAAAUGUUCAAUAAUCCGCCUGAAGGCAAUUACAGAUAUCUGAAGACCUUCGAAUCAGGAGAUGCUGCAGAUACAGAUGCUUGGCAAAUGGCAGUAGAGUUCGUGAAGCGAGCUGGAGGAGGGUGGAAGAUAACAGGUGAUGGGGUAUUCGAAAGAGAUACGGGGAUUGAAGAUAGUUCGUCUGAUGCACCAAACGCUUCGCCAUUGUUAGUCACUUGAGGGAGUUUGAGAGGAAAAGCUGAUCAAUAUUAGUCCGGACCAACUGUAUAGAUGGGCAUGGAAUGGGUUAACCAAUGUACCUGUUUCACCGAUACUAUGGUAUCGAUAAUUGGUGUUGAAAACGUGAGGUGUAUUGAAUACAUGGAGAACAGAGAAGGAUAUAGGAAGAAGGAUAUUUAAUACUACGGCCCAUGAGUAACAGAGGAACAAUCAUCGGCAUCAAGAAUCAGUGAAUGGAUAGGAUCUAUAGAAAUUUAUCACACACAAUAUCAAACCGUACAAAUGUUA